AUGGUUUAUCGCGGAAAACCCAGUCCUGCCUGUGAGCCCUGUCGGACUCGACGCCUCAAAAUCGUGACGUGCGAGGGCCCGCCUUUAAUAGGGCGCUGGUUAAACCAUAUAGAAGGGGGUGUGAAACUGAUUGAAAUUCGUGGAUUCGAGCAAUUACACCAUCAAGCGGGCUUAGAACUGUUCACUCAGAUUCGGAUACAAAUUGCAUUGGGAAACUUAUACAAAAAGGAACGUACUCCGUCAUGGCUGCUAGACUUGUCCAAAGAGGCUCUUAAACACCGCGGCGAUACUGGGGACCAGGUGCUUGACUACUUCUUUCGCAUCUUGGUGGAAGUCGGUGAUCUGGUUGCGAUUAUCAACGAGAGUGCUUUCGCCCAUCCGGCUAGGCUUCUCAAGAGAGCCCUCACCCUUGAUGCAGACUUGAUUACGUGGGCUAUGAGCAUCGAUCCGAAUUGGAAAUACACCGUUGUCAAGGUUAAAAAGACCGAAGAGGAGAAUGAUACACUCCACCCUAUUUACAGUGACCAUUAUCACGUCUAUCCUAACAGUACAGUGAGUAUGGCUUGGAACCAUUAUCGGUUCAUCCGCAUCAUUCUCCAAGGCAUCAUUGGGUACCUUUACGACACUCACUUCCAGGACUCUGGAGGAAGGGGAUCACACAUAGAAAGUGAGAGGCACAGCACCGCAGUCUCCCAACAGUUAGCAGAGGAUAUAUGUGCCAGCGUACCGUAUCAUCUGGGCAUGACUGGUUCAUCUGAUGGAUCAACCCUGGGUAUUCCGUUUGCCGGCGGUGUUGUUCGUUUGAUGUGGCCGCUUUUCAUUGCAUCUGAUUGCCGGGGUGCGUCACCGAAGAUGCGGGCAUGGAUUGCGCAGUGUCUGGAGAAAAUCGGGCAUGGCGUAGGGGUAAAUAUGGCCGUUACCAUGUCCCACAUCCUCCGAGCUGACAUGCGCCUUAACUGGCUGGAGGAAGAAGAGACAAGCAUUGUGAAACGCCCAUAUCUUGUACGUAACGAAUAUUUUACAACUGGCACAUAA